AUGACUCGAGUGUCGUUUGAAAUCGGGGCCGACGGCUGGAAAAACACCGACUGGGUCACGUGCUUCAUACCAAGAGCGCAUGGUUGCUUCCACAACAAGGUUGAGGAGAUUGAGAAUGCUCAAUGUGACCCACUUGGGAGUUGCCCUUCAAUCUAUCGGUGGGAAUACGUCAUUGAACACUUGCUAUACAAAGUAUAA